AAUGAGGUGAAUCUAGUCGUUUCCUCUUUGUCGCAGGCCUGUAACUGUCUGAUGUUGGUGGUCGGGGUCGUCCUCAACAGUUUGGCCCUCUAUGUUUUCUGCGGGUCCUCCACUCAGUCCUCGGCAUCUGUGGUUUACACCAUAAACCUUGCCGUAGCUGACCUGCUGGUGGCGCUGUCGCUGCCCGCUCGCAUCGCGCUGUAUCACAGCGGGGGCAGCUGUGUGGCCUGCUCCUACGUCCACACCUUCAGCUACUUUGUCAACAUGUACUGUAGCAUCCUGUUCCUGACCAGCAUCUGUGUGGAUCGCUACCUCGCUGUUGUCCAGGUGUCCGGAACCGUCCAUCGAUGGAGGACAACCGGAGCAGCAAAGAGUGUUAGCGCCACCAUGUGGCUGAUUGCAGUAGUGGUCACAUAUUCCUUUCAGACUACAGCGUUGAACGUCAGCUCCUCCUGCGUGCUCCUCCCAGCCCAUUUCUACCUGACAGUUUUGGAGUUCCUCCUCCCCAUGCUUGCCGUGGUGGGAUUCACGCUCCGCGUCACCUGUUUCCUCUCCUCCAACCACGGACAGAUGCCCCAGCAGAGCAAGGCCAGACGGGCUCGAGCUGUCCGCCUUUUGGCCGCCGUCUUGGUGGUUUUCACAGUUUGCUUCACACCUUUCCACAUCCGCCAGGUGCUGGUUUACUUCCAGGUGAAGGACGCCGGAGGGUCAGGGAUGACGGAGGGUAAAGGGGCGGGGCAUGUGCUUGCCUAUCACAUCACGGUGAGCUUGAGCAGCCUCAACAGUUGCCUGGAUCCUGUGGUGUAUUGCUUUGUGACAGACAGCUUCAAGACGAUGUGGAGGAAGAGGAGGAGGAAGAGGGAAGAGGAGGCAAAGAACUCACGUGGUGAAGAAGGAGAGAAGAUUUUCAUGAAGAAAUGUUCAGGUACAGCGUUGGCGAUAGUGCAGAGUGUAGCUACGCUCAGCCUCACCAGAACCCCGCUCACUGCAGCCAACGCUGGACCCUUUGCUGAAGCAGGUGGUUCCUUCUGAAGAACCAAAGAGAACAAAAAUAGUUUUGUCUGUUUUAAAGUAUUUGAGAAAUCAGAUUGAUGCAUUAAAAAUGUAUAAGAG